UGUUUUUGCUUCCAAGUAAAAAUUCAUGUUGAUCCAUGCACUAGUUACAGAAGGUGAAAACAUGUAAACAGCUUUAAAGAAAUGUCUAGUCUUCAAACGUAACCUGCUGCUUUCUCACAUCAGCAAUCAAACCUUCAUUUGAAUGAUUUGAAUGACUGUAAUCACACCGACUUCUGCGUCUUCAUCAGCUCCUCUUCUGGUCCAGUUUCUGCAGUUGGAUCCGGUUCAGAUCCAGUUUAAACAUGAGGAUUCGCUCAGACUCGGCGCCUAACGGCAGGCGCAACAUCCCCCUCAGUCCAACCUGGUUUAGGGACAAGCUGCAGAGGAUUGUGGGGCAUCCCAGCCCCCCUCCUGUGGAGGAGGACCUUCUGGCUGUGCCUGAUGGAAGCCAGCCCCCCGAGCCUGCAGCAGGAAAUGCAAAGUUCAAAGAUUUUCUGGACGGACAGUGCUUCCAUGAGGCCAGCCUGCUUCUGAUCUGCAGAGAAAACAGUCUGAUCAGGCGGACGUCGGAGGAAGAGAGGCUCCAGCAUCACGCCGCAGAGAUGGACAAGCUGGCUGCAGACCGAAGCCACCUGCAAAGCCUGGUGGUGCAGUGUUUACAAGGAAGUCUGGCGUCUGAGGGAGACAACAGCGAGGCCUUAAGGUCUGCGGUGAAGGCCAUCUACCUGGAGGAGAAGCAGGAUCUUCUGAGGAGACAAAGCGGGUGCCAGAAUCUCAGUGAAUGGCAAACGCUGCACGACUCCACCCUCCGCAGCCUGGUGCAGGAUCGGCUGGAGGAUCCACAUUCAGGCCGUGCUGGCCAGAGGGAUCAGUCCCACAUUCAGUCCCACAUCCAGAGCAUGGGCAGGCAGCUGAAGGAGGACCUGCUGUUGGUGGUCCGGCGCGUGAAGGCAUGCUACCCCCCAGAGGCAAAGAUCUGCCACUUUUAUGCCACGCUGUACCACCAAACCCUCAGCACCGCACUCAGGGAUAUUGUGGAAUUUGUUUUGGAUGACCAGGACUGUUCUUUCAUCCUGCGCUGGGUCAACGAAUACUUCCCAGGGAUCUUUGAAAAUCCAGAGCUGGCCGGUGAGAUUGAUGUUGCCGCUCUGGGAGAGCUGCUGCCUGAGAUGUCACUGCAGUGUCUGGAGGUGCAGCACCUGAGCAAGCAGCAGGCUGAACUGGCAACAUUCACAAACCGAGUCCUGGAGGAGGAAGUGAAGCAGUGGGACCAGGGAGCAGAGCCGAGCACUGAGGAGGGCCGCUGCGUCAGCCACCUGGCCUACGACGUCAUCCAGUUCAUUAACGGCAUGGUAACGGCAGCAGAGAAGGUUGUGAGGAGCCUGCAGAAAGCCCAGACCAUAACAUACCCCCUCCUGGAUCUAAUGCAGAGGUAUAAAGUCCACCAAGAAGAGGUCAUCAAAAUGAACAAAGCGAACACCAAAGCCUACAUGAAAGCCCACCUGGGCUGCGUGGAACAGUUUAGAGACUUCCUUCACAAAAAGACACAUUUGUUCCCUGAGACGGUGCGGGAAGACUGUUUGUGUGUCCUGGCUGACAUGAAACAGUCUGCAUGCAAUUAUUUAUUGAGCCCCGUGCACAAAGUGCUGAAGCCACAGUACCAGAAGCUGGGAACCAGCGAUUGGCUGAAAAAGAACGCCUUUCAGAAGCUGCUGGACACAUUGGAAAAAGAGCUGCAGCAGUUCCAGGAUGUGCCCCACACCUGCCGGCAGGAGCUGAUCGGACGGCUCCACCAGGAGGUGACAGAGGAGUACGUCCGGAGGCUACUGCGAGGAGACCUCCGGCUGAAAGCCCGGGAGCAGCAGGAGAUGGCGUGCGCCGUCAUGAUUAACAACGCAGAGAGUCUGCGCAAGCUCUUCACCAAAGAGGGGUCGAAGGAGGUCUGGCUGGAGGAAAUCCUGAUCAAGAUCGCAGAAGUGCUGAAACUGCAAGACGUUCCUGCCAUCCAGGUGCAGGUGGUUUCACUGGGAUCCACCUACCCUGACCUCAGAGAAGCCCAGGUUUCUGCUCUGCUCAAACUGAAAGCGAACCUCUCCAAAGCCCACAGGAAAACCAUCAAAGCCACGCUGUCCGACGCUUUGAAAGAAGCGAUUCCUGGAACUGGAAGUCAUCCUUUUUUCUCCAACAUUUAGGCCAAACUUCUCCAGUUUUCUGCUGCAUCGUUUUAGCAAGCUUACGUUUUUUAAGCUCUAGAGGAAAUGUCAGUAUGUCUGAGCUUCCUUCUGCACUGUGAAUGCGAAUGUGAAUAAUGUGCAUGGGCUUCACUGCAGAGCAGUGAUGCAAGUGUGACUUGCAGAGUUAUAUAUUUUUAUACUGCGUCGGUGCUUCCAGAGCCGUUUCAGGAGAUUCCUGUAUUUUGUGUGUUGAUUUUUGUGUUGCAUGUAAUGCAGUUUCUGUUGCAUCUCAAGUUCUCUCUUGUACCUAAAAUGAAAAUUCACUAAUAAACGUGAUGAGAUAAAAUGAUCAAAA